AUGGAAGAGAUUCAUCCCAUCGGGGCGCCGAAGGAUGAGGCCGUAGCCUCGACAUCGGCGGUGGGAAGGGGCAACGGGGAUGCUGGAGACGGCCGGAGCAGGUCGCUAUCCCCGUCUGCACCACGCCGAUCGGCCAGAGUCGCGAACGGACGAACGGGCGCUGGCUCCAAGAGUGUGGUCAGCGCUCUAGUAGCACAGAGCGACAGGCUUGGGGAGGAGGAGGGCGAAGAGGCUCUGAUGCAGGAGAUCAACAAUCCCUCCAUCAAGCCAUCGACGCCGAGAGCCGCCCAGGCGGCAAAAGAGGAAAUCGGGAUCCUCCGCGGCCUCCGGGCGCAAUCCACGCCCGAAGUCUCGUCCAUGGCGCUCAGAGCCGUGGACGAGGUGAAAAAGGUCGCGAAGAGGUCCCGCAACCUCAAGGGGGCCUAUCGUGGGGCCCUGUGGAGUGCGGCGGCCAGGAUGGCCGCGGCGAGCCUCGGCCUAGUGCAAAGGGCCAAUAACACCGACGGGUCCGGCACGGGCGAGGCUGAAAGGCGAGAGGCGACGGUGGACGCGAGGGAGCGAGCGCGUCUAGAAGCGGAGGGCGAGCUGCUCCGCAUACGCGUCGCCAACCUCGAGACGCAGCUGGAGGAGGCCCGCAGAUCCGGCCCCUCCAGCAACCAUCCUGGAGUGACCUCGUCCCCCAUGGAGGUGGACGGGGAGGACGGCUACAACCACGGGACUUGGCCGCGGGGGGGUCAUAACAGCAGGGACUCCUCCGCGGACCGGAAAAGGAAGAGGGCAGGACCUCAAGACGAGGACUCCUCGUCCUCUCCCGUCGGAGGCAAGAAGAGGGCACCCCGGCCGAUCUCAUCCUCCUCAAGCGAGGAGGAAAUGAUAGUGGAGGGAGACGCCGGGUCCAUCAGGGCCCUACUCCCGACUUCCGAGGAGGCGGAAGUCGGGAAACGAUGCCGGGAAGAGGUGGCGCGAGAAGUGGCGGAGGGAACACUCCCCACGGGAAAUGUCCCCUCCUUGAAGGCGCGCGGCGGGGGCAGCAAUCCGGCACUCAACGGCCGGAAGAAGGGCACCGUGGCGGCGGCGACGGCUGGCGGGGGGACGCCCCAGCAAAUGCAGCCGAAAGAAACCGCCGCCCAAACAAGGUGCCGCGGGGAAGGGAAGAAGAUCCCCAACGCCACGGGGGGCGGGAAGAAACCCGUCCUCCCCAAGGCUCCUCGCGCCGCCGCGAUCACGGUGAGCUGCCCCGCUGGCAGCUACGCCGAUGUGAUGUGGCGGGCGAGGAGCCAGAUCGACUUAGGAGAGCUGGGGAUCGGGGACCUCAGGACCAGGAGGGCAGUCACCGGCGCCCUGGUCCUGGAGAUCCCCAGUCCUGAAGGACACGCCAGGGCGGACGCCCUGGCUAACAAAAUGGCGGCCCUCUUCGCCGACAAAGAGGACGUUCGUAUAGCGCGUCCGACGAAGAGGGUCGACAUCCGGGUCCGCGACCUGGACGAUGCGGCCACCGUGGAGGACGUAAUCUCUGCGGUGGCGGUCGCCGGGGGCUGCGGGCCCGGGGAUUUGAAGGCCGGGCAGAUCCGCCUUGGACCCGACCGCAUGGGGACCCUCUGGUUGAGGUGUCCCCUAGCAGUCGCCAAAAAGGUCACGGACAGGGGACGCAUACGCGUCGGGUGA